AAGAAUAUUUUUGAGUGUUAUCAGAGGUUUAUUAUAUUUUAAAUGUACAUUUCAGUAGGACGUCCUGCGUCAAGCUUGUGGAUUUAUCAAAUUUGAUGGCAAAACAAGCUGUGCAGCAUCCCGUUAUUUUUACAGGGAGAACUGUUCCUCACCACAGUCGGUGCUGGACUCGUGUGGAUGUUUGUGGAACUGCAAGUCCCAGAGAUCCAAGCAGCAUCAGAAACGAGGAUCCUGUGCUCAGCCUCAGCCCGGGGAACAUGGCAGCUCCGUCCACAGACACAUGCGGGCUCAUGGAGCGCUCGGUCCGGGAGCGGGUCCCGCCUCUGCUCACCGACCUGUACCAGUUCACCAUGGCCUACGCGUACUGGCGGGCCGGCCGGCACCAGGAGCCCGCCGUGUUCGAGAUGUUCUUCAGGGACAACCCGUUCGGCGGCGGCUUCUCGCUGUUCGCUGGGCUGAAUGACUGCCUGCUGUUCCUCCGGAGCUUUCGCCUCACUGAUCAAGAUGUGCAGUUCCUGCGCUCCGUCCUGCCUCCCAACACCGACCCUGCCUUUUUCGACUUCCUGCGAGGCCUCGACUGUUCGGCCGUGAUGAUACGCUCCCUCCCGGAAGGUUCUGUGGUGUUCGCCAGGGUGCCUCUAAUGGAGGUAGAGGGUCCGCUGGCUGUGGUUCAGCUGCUGGAGACCAGUUUACUGUGUUUGGUCAAUUACGCGAGUCUGGUCUGCAGUAACGCAGCUCGUUUCCGCCUGGCGGCCGGACACCAGAGGAGGCUGCUAGAGAUGGGCCUCCGACGGGCACAGGGGCCAGACGGAGGGCUGACCGCCUCGCGAUACACACACAUCGGAGGGUUUGAUCUCACCAGUAACGUUCAGGCUGGUUUUCUAUUUGGGAUUCCUGUUGCGGGGACAAUAGCACACUCUUAUGUCACUUCCUUCAACUCCUUGGAGGAGGUCUGGCCACAGACACUUGUGACAGCGAAUGGAGACCCCAAUCCAGUCGACAUCAUUUCUCUGACUAAAGGCUGGUUGAGGAGAGUCUGUGAGCUGAUGGGAGCGGAGCCUGGGAAAAUCCAUGAGGGCGAGCUGGCAGCUUUCCUCUCCUAUGCCGUCGCCUACCCUCAGAACUUCCUGCCUGUGAUUGACAGCUACAGCGUGGGAUGUAGUGGACUGUUGAACUUCUGCGCCGUGGCCUUGGCGUUGUGUGAACUGGGUUACAAGCCUGUGGGGGUCCGCCUGGACAGCGGAGACCUCUGCAGGCAGUCCAUUGAAGUCCGUCGGGUGUUUCGACUCUGCGGCGAGCAGUUCUCCGUAUCAACAUUUAACUCUCUGAUCAUCGUAGGGACCAACAACAUCUCAGAGGAAAGCAUGGCUGAACUCAACAAGAAGGAGAAUGAGAUCAAUGUGAUUGGCGUCGGAACGCAUCUGGUGACCUGCACCAAGCAGCCGUCUCUGGGCUGCGUCUAUAAGCUGGUGGAGGUGAGAGGAAGACCAAGGAUGAAGAUCAGCGAGGACCCACAGAAAAGCACUGUUGCAGGGAGGAAAGCCAUCUAUCGACUGUUGGAUGCUGACGGUCAUUGCUUCCUGGACUUGUUGUGUCUGAUGGUCGAGCCUCCUCCUGAGGCUGGGUGUACAUUGACUUGUUAUCCUCUAGGGGGCGAUAACUCAUCUGUUUCAGUCACUCCGGCUCAGGUGACCUGUCUGCGAAAGGAAGUCUUCCUAAAAGGCCAGGUCACAGAGCCGCUGUGCAGUGCUGCAGAAACUAGAGCAAAGGUCCAGAGCUCCCUGCAGACCCUGCACCCUCGACAUAAGAGGCUGCAGGAGCCUGACUCUUACACAGUGGCGCUCUCAGUGAAACUCCGCAACUUGGUUACAGAGCUCCAAAAAGGCAGCAACAGCGACAGCAACUUUCUGUUAGCCAACUAAGAAUGUUUUUGUUUGUUUCCAAAGUGCCUCGCAGUCAAAUGUGUACAAGCUGAAGUUGACUUCGGUCUCUAGCACUGAUUAUCUCAAGCUCGAUUGAACAGAGUAGGAAGGGGGGAUGGGGUGGGGAGGGGGGCAUCAGGGCUUGUGGGGAUAAACAAAUCACUUCAGUAAAUGGUACUCAGCAUAUGUUUUUGCUAGCUGUUAGAAUGUUUUAUAAAAAUCUGGUAAAAGCAAAGUGGGCGGUGUAACUUGGGUUACGCUCAUAUUGCAGGUUUUAACGUUCACAUUUUUUUGGUGGGAGCGUUGUUUUGAUUAUUAAUGCGGACCACCUGACUUUCACUCCAGUAUAAAACGUUUGUGGUCCUGAAUUGAUCUGCGUGCGCACGAGACAUGACAUUACAUACAACACGCUGUGUUUGCAAAAGGAAAUAUAGGUCAUCAUGUGUGUAAAAUGCUCUGGAGCAUUUCUGCAAUCCGAGCUGAUAAAAUCCAUGACUUUCUGCUGUAAUGUUUCUAAAUACUUUGACAGGACCGUGUAAACUAAAUGGAGCAUCUGUCACAUCUACCAGUCUUGUUUGGUUUGUUGUUUAAUUUUGAUCGUGUCACUUCCCACCUGCCCCGGUGCAAAAUCUGAGAACCUGGUAAUUUAAAUAAGAUCAGACAGGCGGCUUAGGAGCACAUAUGAAAUUAGCCUGAGUCUAAUUUAAAGACUUAUAGCUUUAAGUGCUAUAAGGCUAUAAUUCAGACAUAUUCCAUAAGUCUGAAUAUUAUUGAAAACCAUUUUUUUCAGUAAAUACACAAGGAAAAAAAAAAAUGUUUUUUUUUUCAAGCCUUUAUUUUUUUUGUUAUGAAAUUUUUUUUACGUACGGCUAAUGAAAGCACAGCUUUUAAGAUUAGAAUAUCACAUAAUGUUAAUUUUGGAUAUUAGUACCUGUCCAACACCGUUUUUUUCUUCAAAUUCUCAUGUAAACAUAGAAGUUUCUUUUCAAGUGAAAGUAAAGUAGUUCUUGCAGUUUUAGAAAUGGAAGAUAAAAUAUUUCCUUCCCAAAUGUAAAAGCUGAUAAUUUAUAGAAAAGAAGGUAAAAAAAAACAAACAUUAAGAUGAACUCUGACGGAGUGUUGUGACUCAGAGGAAUGUUUUGCAGCUUACAUGCGCCAUCCUGCCAUGCAACCUGGUGUUGUUUAAACGCAGUAUGUUUAUGUUCAUCAUAAGUAACUUCAUGCGUCAUAUAAACCAUCUCUUUGCAGAGUUGGCAUCAAAUCCUGUUUCUAACUGAACCAACUUAGAAAAUGAGAGGCAGAAAGAUGUAGGGUUUUUUUGGGUGACAUCUUUAGAGAAAGCUUUCAAACAUUUUUCAUGAAGAACCUGCAAAUAUGCGAGUUUGGUGUAGACUUCUACAACUUUUUAGAUCAACUGCGUCCUCAAAAUGCUCCGCUGAAGGACACAAGACGGCAAAACAUAUGAGCUCUUUCAGUUAAAGCUCCAUUGAUCUAAAUCUGCUGAGGAAUGUAAAUUAAGACCAUGUGGGGAUUUUGAUUAAGUCUAGCAUCAGUACCUCCAAACUCUAAAACCAUGUUUUUAAGCUUAUGUCAAGUAGACAUGACAGUAUUGCUUAUUUUAAUAUGUUUCCAUUUUGUCUAAUAAAUUCAGUUACAGCUUCAAAGGUUUUCUCUUUUGCCCAAAUCAUCCCUCCUUCCUCCAGUUUGUGGACUUUGUUGCCCUCUAUUGGUAGCAGAAAAAUACUGUUAUUUGAAAUGUGUUAUAAAUAUGAGAACUGUACUCUUACGUGUCCUUGAAUCAGGCUUCCAAGAUUGAAGGUCCAUCAUCUCUCUAGACUCCUGCAUAGGUUCUCCACCCCCCUGCUUCCUCUUUGUAAAAGAAAGUUUGUUUCGAUUCUGAUUGGUCGCCUUCUUGUCCAGCAGCAGUACGAGCCCAGAUACACCCAGUGGACAUAUGGUGCCUAUUAGACAUGGAGAGGACGUGAUAUCAUCCAUGACCGACUCGUCCCCCUGAGGUGGAUCAGUUGGCACUCACAUACUUCGCAUGUGUGCUGUUUUACAGCCUUCUUACAAUUGCGAGAGAUGCUGGGUGACAUAUCCAUUUUAAAGUUAAGUACCAGUAAUGGAAGAAAGUGGCUUUAUAGUCAUAAACUAAUUGUGGUGGAGGGACAAAAAUGCAUCGUGUAAAUGUCAAAUUCUAAUGGAUAUAUGCAUAACUCACUGCUUUAGCCAGGAAUUUACAAUGUAAGCUUCCAGUUCUUGCUGUGAGUCAUUGCUUUAUCCAGUUAUUUUGAGGAAGGUAACCUCUAAUUUACUUCUAAUGGUGAUUACAUUGACUUUAAGUCCUAAUACAAGUAAACUGAACAGUGAGGACACAAGAGUAACCUAAUCCAGUUAACUUCAAAUAUGAAGGGUUUUAUUAAAUAAGGAUUAUUUUUGUAGAUUAAAUUGGGGGAAAAAAAUAAAUAAUAAUCACUCUUAGAGAUGUGUAAAUGGUCAGAAAUUAUGUGGUGCUUUUUUUGUGUCAUGCUGAGCACACAACGUUCUUUACACUUCAGUUGAUUAUGAACUUUGUAGGUGAAUAACUCAUAGGUCAUAUAGGUGAACUUACAAAGAAAGAGUGAGCAAUGAAUAGAUAAACAAUAAAAAAAUAAUACAAGCCCACAUUUUGAGUCCAGCAUAACAUCUGACUAAAUGAUAACAGACAUUAUAAAAACAAUGGUUAAACGGUUUAAAAGUUUCUAAACUGGGAUAAAAUAUGCAGAAAGUGGCCUUAUGGCCAGCAACCAAGUGCAAGGAUUGUGCUUUAACCUGAAUUAAUUCACAUUUAUUGAAAACCCCUAGAUAAAAGUUGGGAGUUGUUCAGAUUUCUAUAUCUAUAUAUCUAUAAAUCUAAAAAAUAAUGUCUGUCAAAUGUUUCAGGAUCCUGACAACAAAUCUAGUCUAGUUGAAGGGGAAAAACAUUCCCAUGUGACAUACAGGAUACAUGUGAGCAACCCCUGUUAUUUGAACCAUUUUUGACCUACUGAGUUUAAGGAGAUUUGACCCAUUAACGGGAGAGAAAAUCCUCCCUGCCUCCAAGCUGCAGAUCUCUUGCUGUCCUGCAGAGGUCGCUCUCCUCUCUGCCUCCCCUCCUUCUCUCUCAGCUCUACUUUCACCCCACUCCCCUCGCCCCCCACACUCCCUCUGAUCCUUCCAGCAGCAACAAAAAGGAGGGGAGA